AUGCCAAGAUCACAAGAAGUUCGGGAAGAGCAAGUUAAAUUCUUGAAGACACACCCAGACCCUCGUCCGUUGAACUUCUUUAUGGAAUUCAAAUACCGAAGAAGGUUAUCUGGCUAUAAUGAUUAUAGUUUAUGUUUGGACAACGCGUUAAAAGAUGCUCCUGAAUCGGAAAAGCUGUUGGAUUUACGAAAAAAUUUUAUUGGUAAAGACUAUAAUGACGACUGGGAGCAAUAUGAGGAUAGGAAGAAGAAUAAAAAAGUCAAUGACAGGAUAAAAAAAAGAAAACGGGAGACACAUGCUUCAUUUCAUACACUAUUAGACGAUGGUAUCGAUGGUGGAAAAUCGGUUCAUGAUCAGAAGAGAAAACGAACCAACGAAAACCCGACCAGUGACACCAAUUAUAAGGAGAACGAGGACAUCGGUAUUGAGGAUGUGGAUAAUAGUGAAAAUGAAGUGGGAAAAUUUAAUGAGGCGAUAGUAGAUGUCUUAGGGAAUGCCGUUGAAUACUCGGAAUUAGCGGAAAAAAUUUGUUCGAUUUAUACGGAACAAUAUCCUGAUGGAGAUUUGAUCGACCUUCGCCCAUGUUCAUCUUUCUUCCAAGAUCGAUAG